AUGGCCGGCGAUCAUCAGGACAGGUUUUUUAAUAAAAAACUUUUUGAGCUAAGAUUUGCCCUCGAACGUGUUUCUCUUCUCCCGGUCCACGAUGCGCUGACAAUCAUCUGCGGCGCCCUCAGUUUGCCGAAAUUGAUGUAUUUUUUGCGCACAUCCAAUUUUGUUAAUGUGGCCAUUUUGGGCGAAUUUGAGGGUGCUCUGCGGCUUACUAGCAAAGAAAGCGGUUUGGCUGCAACCAGGGCAUCUGACGAGAAGAUCAAAAAGUACGACGGAGCUCUCCCCUCGAUGGAGUUUUUACCGAUUUGUAUCGGGGUCCUUGGUUCCAUGGACCGUAACACCUCCGGGUUUUUCAAUCGAAUUUGUAAAAAUAUCAGUAUUAGGUCAGGCGAUAGUAGGGAAUAUUUUUUCGCUAUGAAUAAUAUCUCGUGCAUUCUGCAGCGGUUUUUGCGCGUCUGUGUGUGGAAAAAUGUGGAGUUGAAUGCCGACGGGGUUGAAUGA